AUGAAAAUCGCAGGCGUUGUGGCCGCCGUGGCCGGUAUUGCUAGUGCCCUUCCGGCUCAGCCCAGGUUCACCAAGAUGCAAGAGAAGAUAUUCAACGUCAUGAAGCGACAAACGCCCGCGGAACAGCAACUGGGUCUCACUGAUGUCGACGUCCUUCAAUUCGCUCUGACAUUAGAAUGGCUCGAGACCACCUUCUACCAGCAGGGUUUCGCCAUGUUCCCCGACGACCAGUUCGCUGCUCUUGGCCUUCAGCCCCAACAAAUCACUGAUCUGAAGACUAUCGGACAGACGGAGCAGGCUCACGUGCAGUUCCUACAAAGCGCCAUCGCCCAGGCCGGCGUCCAGCCCGUCCAGCCUUGCACGUACAGCUUUGGCUUGACUGAUGCCAAGUCAAUGGUCGCUACCGCCGGUGUCCUCGAGAAUAUCGGUGUCUCCGCCUACCUGGGCGCUGCCCCCAUCCUGGCCGACUCCAAGAUCCUGGCCGCUGCUGGGUCUAUCUUGACCGUUGAGUCUCGCCACCAGACAUUCAUCCGUGCUGCCAGCGGUGUCACUGCCAUUCCUCAGCCGUUCGACACGCCUCUCGGACCCAAGGCCGUCUUCUCGCUCGCCGCACCCUUCAUUCAGUCCUGCCCGGCCGGCUCUAACCUUGCUCUGCAAGCCUUCCCGACUCUGACUAUGGCUACUGCCGCCCCUGCCGCCCCCGCCAUCCUCGCUGCUGGUACCGCUCUCCAGUUCCAGAGCGCCGCCGCUGCAGGUGCUCAGUUCUGUGGCUUCACAAACGCCAACGCCCCCGGUGGUACCGCCUUCUCUGCUUUUACUGCCGCCGGUGGCUGCCAGCUGCCCCAGAACUUGGCAGGCAUCACCUACGUUACGCUCACCAACGCCGCGCCGGCCACCGGUGUCAUCUCUGACGCCAUUAUCGUGGCUGGUCCCAUGGUUCUCUCUUUGUAG